AAGUGCAUGGUGUCUGAGCCGUAAUCAAGAUGGCGCAUGUUAAUCCGUCUGCUAUCGGUAUGUCAGACGAAGAAUGGAGUUGUUAUUCCUGUAUUCUCUAAAAAUGAAGUUAAUAAAUUGGUCGAUGUUUUAAAUUAUCGAGGCAGUGAAUGUUAUUACAGUUCAUCGCCAAGUCGCAAAUAUGGCGGAAUCAGUCGGGCCGAUUCUUCACGUAAUUGUCGUUGGGUUUCACCAUAAAAAAGGAUGUCAAGUGGAAUAUUCGUUUCCUCCGUUGGUACCAAGUGCACCGAACGAAUGCCCAUUGGGUUGGAAAUAUCUGCCAACUCUCGCGCUACCAGAUGGAUCACACAAUUAUGACGAAGAUACUGUGUUUUUCCAUUUACCCAGCCUUAAUGAUCCUAAGCGUACAGUGUAUGGAGUAUCAUGUUUCAGACAAAUCCCAGUAGAGAAAUUGAAAAAUCGCACUUCUGAUAUCACCAGAGGAACUGUACAAAAGUCUGUUUGUGUGUUAAGUACUAUGCCCUUGUAUGGACAUAUCCAAGUAAAAAUGGCUUUGAUAACGCAUGCAUAUUUUGAAGAAGGAGAUUUUAGUAAAGUUUCACUGUUGGAAGACACAUACCAUCAUCUAAACUCUUGCAUGAAUGGCGAUAGCCAAACACCGCCACAAAUUUUUGUUGGCUUGUCCGCAAGAGACUUCAUAUUGCAGUUUAGGCAUAAGGCAGUAUUGUUAUUCAAAUUACUGCUGCUUGAAAAAAAAGUCGUCUUUUACCAGUCUCCAGUCCAACCACUCUGUUCUGCAAUUCUUACAUUACUAUCAUUGUACCCUGGAAUGAUUGAAAAUGGAUUACAACAAGCUGCAUGCGUCAAGCCAUCAAGACCAAUGUCUCCGAUACCCAAUUUUGACGACGAAGAAAUACUAACAAAUAUUAUCGAUUCUAACUUGUCUAGUUCAAAUGAAACUAAAAAAUCGAAGGCAGAUGUGAAUCAUACGGCAAGCAGUGACAUAGAGAACAAAAAUUCUAUAUGCCUAAAUGACAAUAAAACCUUGGAAACAAUGGAGGGAAAAUGCCUCGACGGGCUAAAUCUACCUUCGAUCAGAAAUAAUAACGACAAUGUCAGCAAUGAACAAAAAUUAAUUGAAGUAGAACCAUCGAAGGAAUGCAUAGAAGCAUACACUGACGAGAGUAAUUCAAAGUACUCCCCAAAACCAAAUGACAAUGUACAUCGAGUUCAUAGUGUAUAUACUAUUAACUUGGGAAUGGGAGACGUGGAUGCUAGUUUACCUCGAGAUACAAGUAAUGACGCUCUCUCGGAUGCCCGUGUUACAAACAAUAUCACACAAAUUGCCCACAUAAACCCUGAUCUCUGUGGAUUGCCAUUAAACAUAUUCGUUAAGGGGUAUCUCUGCCUGCCGUAUCUCUCACUCCCAUAUUUAGACCUUCUAGGCGAUAUUAAUGUGCGAGGGUACGUGGUAGGAGCUACCAAUGUUCUAUUCAAGCAGAAAAAACAGCUGAUCGACGUUCUGGUCGAGGUCGAAAGUGCCCGAAUCGAAGCAACAGACCCAGAGCUAAGACGACAAUUACACUUGACUACUGAGGAUCUUAGGUUUGCCGAUUACAUAGUUCGUCACGUGGCUGAACCUAGGAAGGACGUCUUCCUAGACGGAGUCGGUUGGGCAGGAGGCGACGAGUGGAUCAGAACGCAAUUUCGAGUCUAUCUCUUGAGCCUGUUGCGUACUUCCUUGCAACAAGACACUCGACAAUCUGAUCAUUUCAACUCGGCCUUUAUGACCGCUUGGCGAAAUACGAACAACUAUAAAUCGUGGGAAAGCUUGAGCAAGACCGAAAUUAACAGCGUCGAGCCUGGCCAUCCAUUUGCUGGGCAGCUUUCAGUGCAGGACAUGAAGCUACGUCUAUCUCAUACCAUGCAGAACACGGAGAGUGGCAGGAAAAUAAAUCAAGCCAUGGCCUCGACGGGCAGGGCUGUAGCCACGACCGGAAAAGCAGUAGGCGGCGCGAUCUCGCAAGCCAAAGGAGCCUUUUCAAAUUGGUGGAGUACCCUAACGACGGUCCAACCUAUCGACGUCGAUGGAAAAGUGGAUGGACAGGCGAUUGAUGGACGACAGGUCGUAUCCGUCAUGCCUGAUAAACCAGAAGUUGCCGAGGAAGUAGCCGAGGCUCCUACAAGUAGUGCAGACGCUACCACGAACUAGAUACCGAUGGUUACUUCACUAUUAAUUCUGUUGACAUAUUACUCGAGGUCUCUGGCUGUUGCCUCCGACCUCGUUGGAACGUUUAGAGCGAUGGAAAGAAAAAGACAGGGUAUCGUCGUGCCCAACAUGGCCGAAACGCAACAAGGCAUCCAGAUAGAAGCAAAGGCCGAACUCAAUGUAACUAUAUAUUUAUGAAGACCGAAGUGGACGCAAAUUAAUUAUUAUACGGAUUCACGGUUACUUAGUGCUAGAGUAAAUAGCUUAAGUACAUCUUCACGUACACUCGAUAUCCGCUUCCACGUGUGCAUGCAUCCGGAUAUCUAAUCGCUAGUGUCGCUAACUUAGUUGCUUUCUGUUCUUGGAGAGUGAAAAAAGAAAGCGAGAUAUCGUGUAUUCGUGGACAGUACCGAUGGGAAUGAAGUAGAUGUUCAGAUGCCGAUUAAGUCCAGAACAUGAAGACCCUGGUUACUGGCCGUAAUGAUUAGACAAUCCUUGAAAUGAAAUUAACAAGGCUUCCCUGGAGGUAAUUUGGAUGAAUUGGGGAGAUUUAUGAAAUGCAAAUUUAUAACAAGUUCUGAUGGAAACAAGGAGUGGACAAUAUUGAGUGGCACAAAACAGAAAAUAUGAUAACAGUAUCGGUGGAGUGUAACAGGAUGGACCGAUCAGCAGCGAAAUCCAAAAUUUCAGCUCUGGUUUUAUUGUACUUGUCUUGAGGUUCUACCAAAACUCCUGAUUCUCUCCGAAUAACGAAACGGAGUAAGUAAAAUGUCCUUUUAUAUUUGCGCAGUUUCUGCAAUCGAAACCGAUUAGAUCUUAUGGGGCAGUUUUAACUUUUAAACGGAAUUAUAAGCCCAUCGUGCAGAACUCGUUGAGAUACGGAACACAUAAAAUUCUUACAUUCAUAAAUUCUUAAAGGUGAAUUUAACGGGUUUUGUACAUUUACAACUACUGAAAAGUAUCUAGAACUACCGCAAUGUUGGGAAAUCUCUGAUUAACGUCACAGGUCAAGAACUGUAAACCUAACUGACAUGAUCUUGCCAAGUGAAGAGAAAGACGUACUGGAUGUACUGAUUAUUAAACAAUUUAAGAACUCGUAUUAGUGUUAGAUAAAAUUCGUUUCCUGUUAGCUUAAAAUUCUAAGUCUACUGCAAAUAUCUAUUAAUAUAUAUUAAAGUAUAUCGAUCGUGUAAUUUUUCAUAAAGUUUAGUGGUAGACCUUUCACACAAAUACAACUUGUUGGUUCCUGAACAUUAUGGUGAGUAAAAGUUACAGGAUCGAUUUGUACACAAAUUUUAAAUUCACAUAACGUUGAGUCAUAAAAGGUGAACAAGAGGCAAUGUGAAGUCAUUUUUGGGUCCAUUGUCUAUUCGCAUUAUCAAAUAAGAAACUCAAUAAAAAAAAAAAAUAGGUUCUGUUUCCCAGUCGUUCAAAACCAGAGUAGUUUUUUACAGAAAUUUAUACAAAAAUAUUAAGAACCUAUAAUAUUGAAGAAUUCAGUCAUAGACCACUAUAAUCCAUUGCCGUUUUUUGUAAUACUUUUCUCGGUUUUAUUCCUUUCAUUAGAAGCAGUUUUUAAAAGUACACUCAAAUAGUUAUUUAUAUUUAAUGUCUUCAUACAGUUGAUAUUGUUUUUUGAGAUUUCAAUUUUUUAUGUUUUAACUAAUACAAAAUAGUAUAUUUCAAGUUUCUUUUCCUGAAUGAUUUAAUACUGUUAUAUAUGCAUUAAAACGGAACAAUAUUGUGUCAGCAUGAGAAUUGAAGCUAAGAAUAAGACGAAGAUACAAAUAUCACUUUUCCAAAAAAUCCAUGGAGACCUCACAAAUUUACAAUAAACCAUACUAACUUUUGCAAUAACCCAGAACACACGCACUUUAGGUUUUUCUACUGUGUUCACAAAAAAUCUAAAAAAGAAAAAAAAUGUAAAAUUUGAAUUUAUCUCUUGUAAUUAAAAUGCAAAUACCCCAAAUAGAAUUUUAUAAAUAUAUAAAAUUCGAAACAAAUGCGCGCAAAACGAAUGCUCUUACUAUGCCUAAAUUAACUGUAAAUUUCGUUUUCUAUGGCGUUGGGGUAGAUUUUGUAAUUUGACAUAUUUUUCUCUAGCAACAUAGUCACGAGAUACGGAUUAGCUAAUUAUGUUUCAUAUAUGAAUUAAAAGCGAAUUUUAUGCGAUUCGUUUUUUGAUCGAUGGCACGACUAGCGUAUACGAUUGUACCUAAUUUUAUUUCCCAUAUAAGCCUGUUAUGCUCUUAAUUAAUAUUAAGUUAGUUAUUUAAUGCGACGAGUCAAGCUGUACUGAGUAGAUACGCAAACACUCGUAAUUAAUUCUAUAGAAGGAAGUUGUAAUGUGAUAUUUUAGAACUGUAAAUGUUAUAUUAUACAUAAAGGUUUCUUUAUAUGCUUUGUAUUAAGAUUCCUUAGCAUCGGCACGACUUUUACGGGCUGUUUAAUUUCAAUCUCUUCUUCGUUGUGCCAAACUCGAGCGAUUAUCCUUCCUCUAACUAAGACGGAAAUCUUUUGAAAUUAGUACGAAGAUUUACUAUGUCAUUAAGACACGGUACGCAGAAAUGUCAAGGAACAACAGACAAGAACGCGGUUGAAUUGUCUGAAAAAUUUAAUGUAUAAUGGAGAUACUAUCUCGUAUGGAAAUAAUUAAAAUUGAUUUAUGUAUUUACUUGCAUCAACGAGGUAAUUAACGUAGCUAAUUAAUUCUAGUACAUGUGUAUUUCUGUGUACGAUGAUCUUCAUGAUUUUCGCUAAACGAAGCUACCUGAAAUUAGUCGAACGAAUGCUCGUUCCCGUUGCUUCAGAAAUUGUAUUUUUGAGUUUGCUCGGAUUUAUUCGUUUAUAAUCGUCACAUCGACCGCUUCUAAUCUCAUAUUUCGGUGAUAAGACCGAGGAGGAAAUCAGUACUCGUACGCGAAUAAAUUCGAGCGAGUCGGGGAUUAGGAGACGGUGUUCAGUACGGAUACACGUCGGAUAGACAAUUAAUAAUUUUGUACGUUUUGUACCCGAGGAAAGCGGGUGCUUCCUGAGAAAAUUCUUGUACUAGUCAUACGAGUACGUACGCAAUAUCACCCGGACCCUAUCACGGUAAUUCAUCGCAUCUCAAAUAGUGGCGAAUGCGUAUUAGACGAUCCUUUCAUUGAUUCAUCUUGUCUGUAUAUUUAGCAUUUAUGUAUAAUAGGAUGUACGAAUCGAUGUAACGACCACUGGGAAAGAUCUUUCACGUGGAAUUACAAAAAGCUAGUCCGCGGUAAUAAAAUAACCUAGGAUCACUCGGGUACGUUGUGUCGUAAAACCAAUUAUUUCUCUUCCAAGGUUUGUCUCGGUACUUUUUGUAAUUUCACAGAAAUUUUUUUACAGUGAACCGUGAAAUGGAGGGAAUUAAAAUAGCACGUAGUUAAGUAGAUAUUUGACCUCGUUAAAGGCGAUCGAAGAUUCGAAACUCCGAGGGGUCGAUUUACAUACCCUACUCGUUUUGUGCGUCGUGUAAUAAUUUCAAGUGUUAGAAGAAAAAAAAAAAGAAUUGCGAUGGCUACUACAGGGCUUAGAAUAACUCGAGUGACAACAUAGAUUAACGCAAGAUUAUAGUACGCAAAAUCGAUUGUAAAACGCAAAAUCGCAUUGAACACUUGAUCGAUCCCGAUUGCGAAUAGAUUAACGAUACGUAAACUCGCGAUUACACGGCCAUUUCGGUGCUUUAACUGUCUUGAUGAUGUUAAAUUCAACGAACUAGUAGAGACCUAUGCAGUGGCCCUAAAAAUAUACGUAUUAGUAUGUAUUCGUUAGGGUCAUUUAUCUAUGUAAAUGAGCCUAACCGAGCCGAGAGGAUAAUCGAAUGAUCGACUCGCCGAUUAAACUGUUUACUUAUUAAAUUAGCUCACUCGUAAUUCCGUUUUGUAGUUACGGGAUCGCCAAAAGUACCUCCGUAGCCACGAUGAUCGUGCCUACAAACAUUUAUCGUUUGUCGUACAAUUAUUGCGAAACGCGAGACGGUAUACAGUACUUCAAGUUUUAACUUAACUGUUUGUAGACAUCUCAUUACACAACUCUUCACCCCCCCUCACAAUGUAGAAAGAAACAGCUAUUCGAUGUGAACAUCGCUUCGAUGGCGGAGUCGCCAAAGUAAAGUGCGUUUAGUCAAUUUUAAUAAAUAAAUAGUAGCAGUCGCGAAGUAGCGGCGACCCCA